GUGUCAACACUACCGUAAACCAUCACCUAGUGUCGUGCUUACCAUUAUGAACCUGUCCUGUCACAAACGUGUUUUUCAAGAUUACGAAGUUAGAAGUGAAACCCAAAGACGAUCGUGUAUAGCAAUUUCAACAUUAAUACGCGUACGAGACUAUAAGUGAAGGAACUGAUGGACUCCAUCCGAACUGUUUUAGUGACUGGGGGUUCUGGGUUUAUUGGCUCUCACCUUGUGUGUUCACUGGUUCAAAAGCAUCCCGAAUGGAAAAUUUUAAACUUGGAUAAUCUAGAUUACUGCUGCAGCCCAAGAAGUCUGGACAGUAUUAAAAACACAGCCAACUACACUUUUAUCAAGGGCGAUGUAUGUAACGCCCAGCUGGUGAACCACAUCUUCAACUCUCACAAAAUUGACAUCAUCUUCCACUUGGCCGCCAAAACCCACGUUGAUUCAUCCUUCCAAAGCCCAGCCAUUUUCCAGCACGUUAACAUCCACGGCACGCGUGUUUUACUGGCAGCUGCCACUCAGACACGCCACAGGCUUCAGUGCUUCAUCUACGCCAGCAGUGAUGAAGUGUACGGAUCGAGUCUAGAUGAGGAAUUUGAUGAGAACAGUCCAAUGAGGCCUUCCAAUCCAUAUUCUUCCUCAAAGGCAGCUGCAGAGCACCUGGUCAGGUUGUACUGGGAAAAGUAUAAGCUUCCUGUCAUCAUCACAAGGAGCAACAACAUCUACGGUCCCAAGCAAUACAUUGAGAAGGUCAUCCCUAAAUUUCUAACGCUUUUGCAAAUGCGCAAGAAAUGUACCAUUCACGGAACCCUCCCUAAAUCUCGCCAUUUCCUGUUCGUCGACGAUACGGUCAACGCCUUCCUCCUGCUUCUGGAGAAAGGGAUUGUGGGAGAAGUCUACAACAUCGGCUCAAACUUUGAGAUAGCCAUCGUGCAACUAGCCAGGGAACUUGUCAAGAUGGUAAAAAACGUGCCAGAUGCCGAGCUGAACGACUGGCUGGAGUUUGUGCCAGACAGGCCGAAGGUCGACAUCCGCUACCCUAUCAAAUGCGAAAAGCUUCAGCAGUUGGGCUGGAAGGCCAAAGUCUCCUGGUCUGAUGGUAUCAAACGGACUGUCAAAUGGUACCAGGACCACCCAGACUUUUGGUCGGACACACCGGAGGGCCCGGGAGAAAUUCCAAGCACGUUGGAAGAUACCAACCAAUAGCGGACCGAGUGAAGUCGUCCUGCAGUGUACCGCCUUGUUGGACCAACAGGGGGCGCAGCCUCACUUGACCAAAGCACUGUGAAGUCAACUUGAACACACUUGGUCUCAGGAGACAUUAACAAGUGGUGGAAUUUUUACCUCAAUUCUUACCUCAACUGACCAGUUGUGUUUACUGUCCAUUUCUCCAUCCGUCCAAGCUGGGCUCAGGUCGUCCAGCCACUUUUUUCCCAGAUCUUUUGCUGACGGAAACACACGCUAGCAGCUGUUUGUUCGCGGGGGCUCAUUCCUCUAAUUGCACGUUCCUAGCUUUUCAGUUUGCAUGCUAGCGUCCGCCAGCAGAAAUUCCAUUGAGGAGGCAGAAAUGUUUUGAGCUAAUGAGACAAUGUCAUCUGCGAAAGAUCGCAUCACCCCAUUGACGUUUAAGUACGAGAAAGACGAGAAUAGGUCGUGUGAUGACUUAUCUUGGAUUUAUCUAGUACUGGGUGACAAGAUGCAUACUGAAUGUUAUCUUUAAUUUAUUCAACUUUCGAGUUAAAGCAAUGAUUGUAAAUACUUUAGGAUAAUUUUUGUUUUAAGUUCCCAGGGCUCCAUAAUGGAUGAGCAAUAAAACUAUUUUGGACAUCA